AUGUCGAUUAUUCAAGAGAAUGUCUGUAGGGUGAAUACACAGCUGGAUCGUUUCCAGCAGAUUAUCUAUCCAAGUGCCUCAUUGUCCACUGAGGAUUUCCCAUCAGAUCAAAUCCGCCAUGUCCAAGACUUAAUCCAUGCUGUCUCGGUCACCUCCAAGACCCAACCACUCCUUGCCCCUAGUCGAUUGGUGGACUUGCUCUCAACUACUGGUCCUCACCUCCAAACGUCUGGGGUCUCUGAGCAAUUCAUUGACCAUGUUUCAGAGUAUGUGUGGUUAGUGGCAGCAAAGGCGGCGGCACAGGUAUCCGGACUGGUCAUGAAAACCCUACUUGACCAAACGCUCCGACUCCACAACGAGGCAGAUUACUGGAAUGACACGUUAGAGUCGAUGUGGUAUACUGGCCUCUAUGCGGUGCAGACAUCUCCUGUUCGACUAUGGCAUUGGACAAGGGAUACAUCCUCCACCCGGGCGCUGUCCUUGUCCUCGUCUUUGUUCUGCAGAUGGGCACAAUUCUAUGAGAUUGCCCACGAAAGUAUCCGGGGGCGGCAAGGCUACCCCAUCUGGAUCCAUUUGCUGUCCCCAAUCAGAUCAUGCAGAUCAGAAGUGCAGCAGAAGAGAGAUUUGGUGAAGGCCAUGGAAGAGAUCCAUGCCAGCAGUCUCGGCCUCCUCAUGGAAGGAUGGCACUCCUUUGAGAUGGAGGAUUCCAUCAUUCCCUCCAACUCCGACAAUCAGCCGGACAGAAAGUGGUACGAUGCAGUAUACAGGACUGUGGUUCUAAUAGAAACCAUUCUCCAGCAGGCAAUGCAUCAGCCCAAUGCCUUUGAAUUUGAAAAAAAGGUUGUUGCCACCAUAGAGGAGAGCGGGAGCAGUCAGAUGCGGUUUCAUGGAAAGCCAUCUAUCCAGCAACCUUUGCAGCUGGUUGAACGCCUUGUGAAGAUUCUCCGAGGGCAGUUACCCACCCAUACAACUUCAGUGUCAACGUUGAUCGGCCGUCAUGGGCGCCCCUCAACUAUGGUCCGUUAUUGGGUCCCAGUGGUGGCUGCGGUACUCUCGAGUAGUGCAUCGGUGAGGUUCAUGGUACACCGCCAGGAUGAAAUCAUCCAAUGGAUUAUCAACCUCGGCGCAACGAUCAUUGACUUUGGGGGCAACUGGGUGGUGGACCCGAUUCGAAAACUCAUUGGGACCAUCCGACAUGACGAGAACAGCGAAAUUGCUAUCAUGAGCAAGAACAGCCUCAUGGCAGACCGGGCUAGUCUGGAGAGGAUGGUCAUUGAUUUUGUCCGCGAUCGUCCCGACCCCAUCCACGGGAGCUCUGCGGUUGAUACUACCGCCCUCGCUAAUUCUGUGAAAGAGGGUGACUUGACUCCCGUGCUGAGAGCCUAUGAGAGAGACCUGCGUUCACCGUUUGUUGGUACCGUACGGGGCGAUCUUAUCCGCGCUCUUUUGAUACAGAUCCAGAAGACCAAGGUUGACGUGGAAAUUGCCAUCAGUGGAAUUGAUGCACUUUUGAAAAGCCAGGAACUCGUCUUUGGCUUUGUUGGCCUCACCCCGGGUAUCUUGGUCUCAUACGCAAGCCUGAGAUGGCUUGGUGGCUUUCUCGGUAGCCGACGAGGUUUGCGUAAAGGCAAGCGACAAGACGAACUGAGACGUGGCCUCCGCAACAUCACCCGCAUUUUGACCUCUUCUGCUUCGCUUCCAGGUGGGGCCAUGUCUUACAAGGACUCGGGGCAACUCAUGUGUGAAUCAGAGGGCUUACUGCAAAAGGUUGCCACUGUCCUCAAGGGAAUACAGUAUCAAGAGUUUCGGGAAGACAUUCAAGACUUGCUGAAUAUCCAGAGUGGAGUCGAUAAGCAGCUUCGCGUGAUUGAGAGGAUGAGAUGGGCCUAUUCUCCAUAG